UGCUAGAUAUCACCUCAGACGGACCCUGACCGCUCGGCUUUCGGGAGUGCGGGGCCGCGGAGGCUGGUGGCGGAGCGGCGGGAUCCAGAGGCUUGGACCACCAUCCCAGAAGCAACUCAGAACUGAGGAUAUUCUGAAAACCAGUGAUUGAUGUCCCUUUCCGUACCCUGCUAAUAAGGAGAAGUGCAUUUUCUAUUAUUUAUACAGGGGCAACAAUGGAUCUUGUCCUGGCUUAUGCAGAUAGUUACAUUUUGACACCAUGGGUUUAUCCAGCAACAUGGCCAGAAGACAACCUUUUCCGGCAGAUUGUUAGUCUCUCUGUUAUAACCAACGUAGGGGCAAUGACCCUUUAUUUUCUGUUUGCCACUCUCAGCUACUAUUUGCUUUUCGACCACUCAUUAAAGAAACAUCCUCAGUUUUUAGAGAAUCAAGUGCAGCGAGAGAUAAAGCAUACCGUCUUGUCUUUGCCGUUGAUCAGCAUUCCGACCGUUGCUAUCUUUUUCGCUGAGGUCAGAGGCUACAGUAAGCUCUACGAUGAUGUUGGGGACUCUCCAUAUGGAUGGUUCGGUGUUGUCUUCAGCAUGUUUUCAUUUCUGUUCUUCACUGAUAUGUGCAUUUACUGGAUUCAUCGGUUUCUCCAUCACAAGCUCUUAUAUAAGCGUUUUCACAAGCCCCACCACACAUGGAAGAUCACAACUCCAUUUGCCAGCCAUGCUUUUCACCCUCUUGAUGGUUUCCUUCAGAGUGUCCCUUAUCAUAUCUACCCAUUCCUUUUUCCUCUUCACAAAGUGACCUAUCUGGGUCUCUAUGUCAUUGUCAAUAUCUGGUCAAUCUCUAUUCAUGACGGGUGCUAUCGGGUUCCUGGUGUGCUGAAACAGAUUAUCAAUGGAGCUGCCCAUCACAGUGAUCACCACCUAUACUUUGAUUACAAUUAUGGCCAAUACUUUACACUCUGGGAUAGAAUUGGAGGUUCAUACAAAAACCCCUCUUCCUUUGAAGGUCAGGGGCCCCAUGAAUAUUUGAAAAAGCUGGGAAAUGGCCAUGGGGAUCAGAAAGUACUAGGAGAUGAUGAUGUUAAAAAUAAAUAGCAAUCCUUCCCAGCUGAAGGAUUAGGAACCUCUAUGCCUUAUGAACUGCGUAGCCAGAAUUCAACCUGUUCCCCACCCAACAGCUUUGGAAAUGGAGGCCUUUGGCACCCAGCAUUCUAGGAUGAGAAGGCAGAAAGAAAAUACAGACUCAUCACAGAGCAGGAUCUUUGAUGUUGACCAGUGGUGGAGAAAGCACCCAUAAAUGAAUUCUCCUGUUGCCAUUGGAAUGAAAUCAGGAAGUGGUCGGUGCUGCUCUUAAGUCCAUCCUCAGCAGAUGUUCAUUUGCAAAUUUCAGCAAGAUCUUGUAAGUUGUUACUGUGCAGCCAGUUAAGAAUGGCUACUGCUAUACCAGUAUAUUAGUGUGUGUUUUGGAUUUGGUGUGAAUGGAGUCAUUGUUCCCAUUGUGAAAUUAGUAUCCUUAAAUGCAUAUUACAAUGCACUUUAGUCUUGUUUUAACAGACAAAUUGGUGGGAGGAAUUUCUUAACUCCUGAACUGAAGAGUACAUCGGCACAACAGUGCAAAUGAUGUAAUUUGCAUCAGAGCAUCAAUACCCAAAUGACACCAAGUGGCAACAGAACUUUGUGCAUUGCCUGCAAAGUCCUGUCAAGGUCUAGAAUAAUGAAGUCUCACUGAACAACUGUUGAAUAAGUUACGAGAUGAGGAGAGAUGUCAUGCUAAGUAUAAUGUAUCUAGAUGCAAGUGCAGAAAUAAAGCAUAGGAACUUAUGCUUUCAUUUACUCCUUCAAAGACAUCAUGGCCUCUGUUUUGCAAAGAGGCCUGAUAUAUAUGUGUCUUUAAUUCACUCCAUAAUCAAUACAUUUCAAACUUCUGUAGUGACAUAUCUAGGAACAGGGGGUGGUUCUGAUUUUUACCCUCAAAGUGAAAAUGUAGAUUGAGUUUACAUUGGUGGAGCUGUUUUACAAAUUCACAAAUUAUUUUACAAAUUAUUUUACAAAUGUUUAAGAGCUGCACUUUGUAUGUAGUAUUGCUUUGCUCACAAGGUUCCAUCUACCACUAAAUUCAUCUCAGUGAGACUUCUCUAGAGAAACAUUGGUUUGAUGUACUAAAUGGUGCUGCUGGCUAGUGAUGAUGGGAGCUGGAGUCCAACUCAUCUGGAGAACACCAGAUGGAAGAAGGGUAUUCUAAAUCAUUGCUUUUGCUUUUCUCCUCUUCAGUAUGUAUCACCUUAAAGAUUAAAAUCAUUCCCCCAACAUAUAUUUAUCAGGAUGAAUAUUAUUGCUUCGAUAAAAAUAAAUGCAAAUAGUUAAGGAGAUAAUGUGAAAAAAUUCUGAUUUGUUUCUUGUAAUACAGGAUGUCCUGUCGUUUCUCCCCUCAAAAAAUUAGGCAGGCUGUGGAAACUGUCUUCUUUUUAAUAAUGUUUUUAAAGGAUCAAACUUAUUGUUGCAAUAAGUUAUAAAAUUUACAAUCAGUGUUUGUAAAUUUAAAAAAUGAAGGUGUAUAUAGUGUAGUUGGUUUAUUAGUUCUGAUGUUUUCUGAUGAUUAAAUCAUUAAAAUGAAUUGUCUGUGAACAGAUUUUCAUAACCACACAGCCAGCAUCACAGCUACAUCCAAGAAGCCCCAUCUUCCCCAAUUUGCUUGUCAAGUCAAGCUCUGCUCUUUGGCCUGGCCAUAUUGACACUGCCUUCCUCCAGGGUGUUUUGUUUUUUUUUCAACUUCUCAGUCUAGUCUGCAAUGCUUAAGAUUUCCUUUGGGUCUCCCAUCCAAGUUACAAGCCUGAUCCUACUUUGCUUCCAAACCCAGGGCAAAUCAGCUAAGUGCUGCCACCUUGAAGCCAAAGCUUCUUACAAGACAUCUAGGACCUUGUACCUCUCAUUGUGCAAAUACAUUGUAUUAUUAAGUGUGUGUCAUGUUCUGUAGGAAGUUUCAGCAUAAUGUGGUUCUUUGCCAUUCACAGCUGAAGCUUUAUGGAUUGCAACAGAAAUUUUAGAGAGCUUUAAACAUAUAUUUUUCCUGCAAAACCUCUCAUUGUGCCUAUCAGAGCCUGGUGGUUAUGUCUACCAAUGUAUAUUAAAUUUCUUUCUUGAAAUAUACGCAUUUAACAAAAAAAUGAAAAAUUUAUUGAACUCUAUUGGCUCGUGUGUAUAAAAGUUAAGAUGGUGAAUGGGUUCACAAUUUGAAGUCAUACUGAUUUGAUCUUGGAGUUUGAUUUUGGAGUAGUUUUAUGAGUAAACUACAUCAUUUGGCUUGUUUAGGAAAUUAAGAGUGAAUCGAUCCUAUGUGCUUUCUGUUUAUGAAACCAGAAGGUAAUACCCCAUGCUGUGCAAACCCUAAUUCUGCAGAAUUUCCACUGGAAUAUUUUGAAAUAAAUUCAGGUUUAUUUUGG